AUGGUUCGUAUCGUUCUGAAGCGGAAUGAUGCAGCACAAUUUUUGCUGGAAGUUCCGGCCACCAGUACAAUUGAGGAAAUAUUGGAACUUUCAUGUGAAAUUUACAACGGAUUUCUAAAGAUUCACAGAAUAUGCGCUGAAAUGGACGAUCUUGCCAAGCACGGUGUUUCUUUACCUCCAAACAUGCAGGGUCUAACAGACGAUCAAAUUGUGGAUUUAAAAUUGAAAGAUGAAUGGGGUGAGAAGUGCAUUCCAAGUGGUGGCUAUAUUGAGUGCAAAGAUGAAAUCGGUCGCCGAAACGGACGUGCACCAAACGAGAAAAUGGCCCAGGUCUUGAAGCGGACGAUUGACGAAACCAAACAGUUGAUCAAGCGUGAUUUGGUCAAACAAGAUAAGUGUAUGGAUAAAGCGACUGUAAAAGAAGCUCUAAUGAUGUUGCAAGGAGCCGUCAUGAUUGUUUACCCUAUGGGUUUACCUCCUCAUGAUCCCAUCAAGCUGGAAUUGGAUAACGAAGAGGAUUUAACUGGUACUCAUGCUGCCCAAGAGGUCGUACCGUUUGAAGAGGCGACGCUCUGGUUUUCUGGCAAGGAAAUGCUUCGAGGAAAAUUAUUAUCUGACUACGUUGGGAAAAAUGAAAAGACGAAAAUCGUAGCAAAGUUAUCGAAACGUGGUGCAGGUGCUCCUGCCCGUGAGCCCAUCAUUGACGAAGAACAACAGAAAGCUAUGAUGUCUUACUACUAUAAGAAACAGGAAGAAUGGAAGAAAUUGGAAUCCAACGAUGAAGAUGCCUACCUGGAUUCCGCAUGGGCUGAACCUGGCCAGUUGAAGCGCCAAUUCCAUGGUCUAACAAAUAUCAAAUGGGGUCCACGAUGA